AUGGCUCAACCCGCCGCGGCCUCUGCUGGACGCACUACUCCACCGCGAAGCCACCUGGUGAAGUUGAGUCCGUUCCUCGACGAUCAAGGCGUACUGCGCGUCGGAGGACGUCUCAAAAACUCUCAACUUCCGCUCGACGAGAAACAUCCGAUGAUCAUCCCGGCGGCAUCCUGGCUGACUCGGCUGGUGAUCGAUUCCUGCCAUCGACGGACACUGCACGGGGGUGUGCAGCCGACACUCGGCCUGCUCCGCCUGCGCUUCUGGGUACCUCGAGGAAGAACCGCCGUCAAGCAGCAGCUACAUCGAUGCGUUACCUGCACUCGAUGGCGUGCUGCCACGCCACAGCCUCAGAUGGGUAACCUUCCUCGGGACCGAGUAACGCCAACCCGACCGUUCCUCAGCACCGGCGUGGAUUACGCAGGACCCAUCCUCCUUCGGACCAGCAAGGGACGUGGACACCGCGCGCACAAAGGGUACAUCGCAGUCUUUGUCUGUUUCUGGUCGAAGGCCACUCACUUGGAAGUCGUCUCCGACUACACCUCCGAGGCUUUCAUCGCCGCUCUGCGCCGCUUCGUCUCCCGCAGGGGCCUCUGUGCUGAGAUCUACAGCGACUGCGCGACAGCCGAAGGUCAUCGUAUCGUCCUCGCCGCCACCGCUCAAGGAAUCCGCUGGCACUUCAACCCGCCAGCGGCCCCGCACUUUGGUGGUCUUUGGGAGGCUGCAGUGAAGUCGACCAAGUUCCACCUCCGUCGGGUGAUCGGCGAGACGACCCUCACGUUCGAGGAGCUGAGCACACUCCUCGCCCAGAUCGAAGCUUGUCUUAAUUCUCGUCCAUUGCAGGCACUCUCAGAUGACCCAGAGGACGUCUCGGCGUUGACUCCCGGUCACUUCCUCGUCGGGGCGCCGCUACUCGCUGUGCCGGAACCGUCAUUGACAGGGCAGACGGUAUCCACCUUGUCACGCUGGCGUCAUUUGCAGCAGAUGAGAGAUCACUUCUGGCAGCGAUGGUCGUCCGAAUAUUUGCACGGACUAGCCUCGCGCACCAAAUGGCUCAAGGACGAAGCUGCACCCCACGUCGGCGAUCUCUGUCUCGUGCGCUCCGAGCAAUGGAUGCUGAAGCUAGAAAGACAAGAGGAAAAUGACUCCAGGUAUAGCACAUCUAAGGAUACUAACAAUGAAUCCAUCGAUAAUCAGAAAUCGGCGGAAUUACUAUCCAAUAAUGGAUUCGAGAGUUAG